AUGGACAGCAUUCCACGCACGCUAGACUUUCCCACGCAGUCAGCCAGCUCGACCCCGCAACCGCACCCUCUGCCGGCGCCGACCGCCUCGACCAGCUCCGUGAUUCCUACGAAGCGGAAAGUCGACGCCGCAACUCCGCCUGCGGGCAAGGCAAAGGGCAAAGGGAAGGCUGCAGCGACUACAGGAGCGGACGGGAUUGCAGGCGAGGAAGACGAGCUGGAUGAGGACGGGCAGGACGGCGCGGACGGCGAGGGAGGUGGGGAGGGCAGACCGAAGAAGCGCAGGAACAGGAUGGCCCUCUCGUGCAAGGAGUGCAAGAGGCGCAAGAUCAAGUGCGACAGGGUGAUGCCAAUUUGCGGCAAUUGCACCAAGCGCGGCAAACCAUCCGAAUGCGCUUGGGACGUCCUCCAACCCGCCAACGACGUCUACCUCCCCCCGAACCUCGCACGAACAAGCGACCUCGAAGCGCUCGCGGCUCGUCUCGCGCACGUCGAGAAGUAUCUCCGCACCUUACCACCUAAUCUUGCACCGUUCCGACCGCUGGAUAUCGUGCCAGUUGUGCCGAAGGAUAGGCCGGGCGAGGUGAGCGACGCAAGGGGCGGAGGGAAGAAGAGGAAGAUGAUUGGAGCAUUGGACGACGAGGCUUUCUCCGAUACGGAAGACGCUGCCGUUCAGCUCGAGAACGGAGUGUUCCGCCCGACAGAGGCCGCCUCAACGGGUCUCGCGACGUCGCUCGUGGCACCGACGCGUCCAAACGGCCUCAUGCCUUCGCCUCAGCCGCCCUCUUUGAUGCGCGCCACCUCGAACCCCGCCGCUGCGACCCUCUCCUCCGCCACCUCACGCUUCGGCGCUCCGCAAGUCGAGCUAACCAAAGCUCUGACCAGCAUCGUCUCCCCGCCCGUUCAUCCCGUCAGCACCCCCUCCCUCCUCGCCCACCUACCAGUCGACUUCGACGCGACGCCUGAAGAGGUCGCCCAGGCGAGGGCGGACGAGAUUGACAGGAUCAUGAGAACACUGCCGGGCAGGGACGCAAUCGGUUAUCUCGUCGAGCGCUACUUCGAUAAUGUCGCGUGGCUCUUCCACCACUUGCAUGCUCCUUCCUUCCGCGCCGAAGUCGAAGCCUUCCAUACGAUAUGCGACCAGAAUCGCCAGCACUCAAUCGACCUUCCCUGGCUCGCGCUCCUCCUGAUGGUCCUCUCCCUCGCCCUCGACUCGCUCCAUCACUCCCGCUCGCCUCUCGCGCUCGACCCGACUCGCACGAUGAUUGAGGAGAAUGAUAAGCCGCUUGAGGCGUAUGGAGAGGAGACUCUGAAGAAGAUGCCGGAACGGUGGUUUGGCGCGAGCGUGAGGGCGUUGAGAUUGGCGGAGUUCGAGACCGUGCCGCGCAUUCGGUCGAUCCAGACGAUUAUCCUAUACACGCAGUACCUCCAGCUAUCUUCUGCCGACCGAGGCGAACCAUCGCAGCGGGUCGUCUGGCUCUCAUCUGCGAUCCGGCUCGCGCAGGUCCUGAAGCUCCACCAGCUUGGUUCGAACCCCGAAACCAUGCCGCCGGACGACCCGGCUUUUCCGCCUGGCAAGAACUCGAUCAAGCGAGAGAUGGCGAAGCGGUUGUGGGCCGUAUUGGUCUACCAAGACUGGCUCUUCGCGACUCGCGUCAACCUUUACUACACCAUCUCGCCGCUGCACUGCGACACCGACGACCCUCUCAACGUCAACGACGCCGACCUCUCUCCUUCCAAGACUGCCCUCACUCCCGCCCCUUCAACCGUCCUGACCGACUCUUCCGCCGACCGCGUCCGCAUCUCCACAGCCCGCCAAGCGCGCGCAGUCUUCGACCGCACCGUUCUCGUCAAGGACUACUCAGCCCAAACGAUCGCCGACCUCGACGCCGGAUUCCGCCUUAUUCUCGAUGAAUUGCCCGAGCGCUGGACGCUCGCAGCGGACGAGCAUGAGCAGCCGAUGUUGCGCUUCCAGAGGCACUUUGUUCUCGAGGGCUUGCAUAAUCGGAUCUUCAGGCUGCACAGGCCUGUAUUCAGCAAGGCGCAGAAGAACCCGGCCCUCAAGUUCUCGGCGGACGCAUGCUUGAAGUCGGCUCGCGCAGUCGUCGUCUCGACGCACAACAUCCGCGACGCCGUCUCCGACGUUCCCUACACCUACACACACGUUCUCGGUGCCGCUCUCGUCCUCUUUCAGGACAUCUUCCAAGCGAUCAAGCACGACCUCUCGACCAUCGAGAUCGAGUCGAAGAUGUCGACCCUGCAGCUCGCGCUCGAGAUCUUCUCCGCGAAGCCAAGUUCGCCCUCGCUCGCCGCUCACGUCCCGCAAGGCCACAAGAUUCUGUCGGGCUUGCUGAGGGAGGUUGAGCGUCGUCGGGCGAAUAGAGCGGCCAAGGCACUGAUUCGAGCGGCGGCUGCGACUGCAGGCGAGAACGGCGAAGCAGUCGAGCCGCUUGAGGACGAUGAGGAGGAAGAGUCGUUCUCGGACGUCCUUGCGCGCAUCCAGCGAAGCCUCACGGCGGACUCAGCGCCGCACCGUGGCACUCCGCCUCCGACGCGCAACAUUCCGAGCAAGGUGCGAGGCGAUGCUGCUGGAGCUCAGAACCGCUCGUCAGCAGAUGGUCCAACCUCUUGGCAGCAGACGGCUGGCGGUGCUCCUCUCGAUCCCGCCCUUUCGUCAGCGAGUACAAGUCUUCCGCCAGUGCCGGCCGACCUCUCGUCCUCCCUCUUCCCGCCGACCUCGACUGCCCUCUCCUUCCCGCUCGGUAGCGAUUUCGACCCAGAACCCUGGCCCUUCCCCGCACCUGACCCGUCGGCAAACCACCUCUCGCUUUUCGCCGCCGUCGACCCGGACAUCUCGUUCGACCUUGGCGGCUUCAGCGGCUUCGGCAGCCAGUUUCCGAGCGGGAGCGGCCUCGACUUCGGCGCGACGAACGGCAAUGCACUCGGCGACGACUUGUUGACGGGUUUCGUAGGAGGGGUGAACGGCGGAGGGACGAGCGCGGCAGGCGUUGCGGCAACUUCGUCGGCUUGGACUGCGCCAGACGCCGCCGCCGGUACGAGGGAGAUGACGGACGCGGAGGCAGCCGCAGCGUACUGGGGAACGGCGGGCCGUACCGCUUGA